GGCGAUGGGCAUAACGCAACACGCAGAAGCAGAGCAGAAGCACGCAACGUUUGUUGAUGGAGCGCAAGAGUGUCGUGUGACAUAAUAAAUUUCUUAAUCGCUUACUUAACAUAGUUUCUCGACACUUGUUUACACUUAUUUUGUUGCAGAAAAUGUGUUUUAAGUUUUUUUUUAUAAGUGAAAUUGAAAUCAACUUUCUGGAGAGCGAUAAAAUGUCAUUUUUUGCGGGCUAACCUAUAAAACGAGAACAAAAAUUAAUUGAUAUGGAUGAUAACAUAUCACAACGUCCACUUUUUUCUGAAGAGCCUGGCACCCUAGGCUUUGAUUUGUCUUCCGGAAAUGUUUGGAUAUAUCCGGAAAAUUAUCCCAUAAGGGAAUACCAGUUUAAUAUUGUUAAAACUGCACUUUAUAACAAUACUUUAGUAUGCUUGCCAACUGGUUUGGGAAAGACUUUUAUAGCGGCGGUAGUAAUGUACAAUUUUUGGCGAUGGUAUCCUAGAGGAAAAGUUGUAUUUCUGGCGCCGACAAAACCUCUUGUAGCUCAACAAAUAAACGCAUGCCAUGAGAUCAUGGGAAUUCCCAGUGAAGAAACUAUUGAGCUCACAGGGACAACAAAUCAAAAGCAACGAGAAAUUGCGUGGGCCCACAAAAGAGUGAUAUUUGCUACUCCCCAAACUUUUCAUAAAGAUUUGGAAAAGAAUAUCUUCCCAAUGAAUUUAGUUAAAUGUAUAGUAAUUGACGAAGCUCACAAAUCUUUAGGCAAGCACUCUUACUGCGAGAGUAUUCGUUUAUUAAGUGAGGAGAAUAAAUUUUUUCGAAUUGUGGCUCUUUCUGCUACACCUGGAGAUAAAAUAAGCAAAGUACACGAGGUGAUUAGCAGUCUUCGCAUAUCAAACUUGGAAUUGAGAGACGAUAUGUCUCCAGAUAUAGCUCCUUACAUUAAUGAUAGAAAGGUGGAUAUCAUUUUGAUCCGUUUGAGUAACGAUUUAGCAAAGUUUAAAGAAAGAUAUAUUACAGUCAUGGAUCCACAUGUGAGAGUACUCGUGCGAUUAGGUGUUCUUCGAGGAGAAACUGGGAAUAUAAGCAAAGGAAAGAUAUUCUAUUUGACCAAAGAAUUUCAAUCAAAACCCAAUAAACCAGGAAAUUAUGGGCAAAUCAUGAAAACGUUGAACAUUUUACUAACAAUGUACCAUGCGUAUGAAUUGAUGGUCAGACAUGGUCUUCGAGCCUUUCUCCACUUCUACGAAAAUCACUCGGACAAAUUUUGGAUGGAACAUGAAUUAAGUUUACACGAUUUACUGGAAGAUAUAAAAGGCUUUCUUGGUCCCUUUCCAGUUAUUGAACCUUUACCAGAUGGAAGUGUACCAGAUGUGCCGAAUGAUCUUAUUUUCGGGCAUAAUAAAUUCUACAAACUAAAAGAGUUGCUCGAAAGGCAUUUCAAAUCCUUUCGGGAUAAAAAUCAGGAAACCAAAGCAAUCAUAUUUGUAGAGUAUCGAGAUAUCGUAAACGAAGUGUACGUUUUACUUUUGCAAUCCAGGCCUCUGAUACGCCCGCAAAUGUUUGUUGGCCAAGCUGGUCAAAAGCAAAGGCAGCAGAUAAAAGCUCUGGAAAAUUUUAGAAGUAAUCAGGUCAAUGUUUUGAUCUCAACGUCAGUAGGGGAGGAAGGUUUGGAUGUUGGAGAAGUAGAUUUAAUCAUCUGCUUCGAUAUAUCUCAGAGUUCUCCAAUAAGAUUAGUUCAAAGAAUGGGACGAACAGGUCGUCAGCGAGACGGACAUAUAAUUGCUUUGGUAACUGAUGGAAAAGAGCAUCAGGCUCUAAAAGCUACAAUGUCAAAGAAAGAAAGUCUGAAUAACAAAGUCUUACAGUCCAGUGACAUUGUCUCUUCUCUUUACAACGAGAGUCCGCGGAUGGUGCCAAAUCAAUUUAAUCCGGAGUGUCGGAAGAUGCACAUUCAAGUUCAGCCUAAGACUCCUCAAGUAAAAGGUGCAAGGAAGAAGAAAUUGAUUGACAAAAAGAAAAAGACAAACAUAGAAACUAAAACAGUUGAACGUGAAGUUGGUUCCAAACGUGCAGGACAAUCAUCGAUGGAUCGCUUUUUCAGACAAAGAAGGCCUGACGAAGAAUCUUUCGAGUCGAGUCCUAUCUUCGUUCAUCAAACACAACAAACUGUAAAAUCGGAAAACGUCCAACUUCUACUUUCAGAUAAGGAAAAUGUCGAAUUUCUCACACUAUGUACAAUGCGAAAAUCUCGAAUCGACUUUCAUAUUUUGGACACUGAAAUAGACACAACUUACUUUCCAUCAUUUCCAGAUGAAGAGCCCGAAAAAUUUCUUAAUUUCACCCUACCUGAUUUGAGCAUUCUCGAUUGCAUCGCUUCGCUCCAAGAACUGAAGAUACCAUCACAGAAAAUAGCAAGCCGAAGCAUUUCCACGUCUCCAGUGCAGGAAGAAGUUUAUGAACCAAACUGUUUUGAGACAGAUAAUGAAUGUUAUACUUCAAACUUCGAAACCAGUGAGGCUUUAGUCGCAAGAAGCUUCGCUGAUUUGAUUUAUGAUUCUUCGAGUUCUGAUGGGGGCGAAGUUUGUGAAAAAUUCGAAAAAAAAUCGACUAAGUUUGAAAAUUCGGCAAUGUUUGAUGACUUGUUGAACGAAACGACAGAUGAGAGUGAAAUCGAAGAAUUUGGUUUAUCACAAAAUCAGGAUCCUGCCAAGGAAGUUACUUCGAAUUUGAACAAUAUGGCUAUUGAUGACAGAAUAGUACUAGAUAAGCAAAAUAUGGUAAUAGAAGUGAAAACAGCAAUAGAAGGCAGCAGUAAUAAUUUUAGUAGACUUUUAGAAGAUACUAGUGUUGAAUCAAAGGUUGUCCAAGAAGAUUCAAAGUCUGUGAUAUUAGAGAAAUCGUGGAGCAAUCUUAGUGAACAAAAUCAAAAUAAUAUUUCUAGAGAAGAUAAUUUCACCUUUAUAAGAUCGAACACCAGUGGGAUAACAAUAACGCAAGCGCUUGAAGAAAUUGCACGAAUCAACGCUAAUAACUCACUCAAUAACCACUGUUUGAUCCAGAAGGAAGGUAGUAAUGAAAUUCAAAUUAUACAAGACGACGAUACUAAUCAAAUUCAAAUUUCGGAAGAAGAAGACAGUGAUGACAUUCAAAUAAUCGACGAGAUUCCAAAGAAUUCUAUACUUGAACAGAAACAACUCCCGUCGAGCAUUAGUCAACUUAAAAAAACAGGGUUGCGAAAGAAUCAUCUACAAUUUCAGAUUACAGAUUCGGAUGAUGAUUUAUUCGAUAUUGACACUCCAGAGGAAGUUCAAAUUGUAAACGACAGAAACAUUCUCAAAUCAAGUGAACUCCAAGUUCAGACUUCAAGUAAAUCUAUUAAAGAUGAAAUAGUUCCAAAUAAUCAUUAUAAAAUCAUGAGGUUAGAUUCCAAUAAGUCCGUACCCCCUGCUGAGAAGGAAAAUUCUAAUCUUGAACUCAAUAUGCUUAUCAGUGAUGUCGAUUGGGAUAUUGAUUUCCGCGUUGGAACGAGUCCGGUCGAUAGUCAGAAGUACUUUAAAGUCGAUGAGAGUCUGAAAGCUUCAGCUGAGAAAACACUGGAAUCAUGUGAAACAGACUGGAAGCCAUGUGGUGAAAAAUCAAAUGUAGAUACGAAAAAUUCGCAGCCUGUGAAAAAAUUAUCCCUUUUUCAGAGUAAUAAUAAAUCUGUAACUUCUCAUGGAACGAGUGAUAAAAACACAUCCAUAGAUAGUGGGAAUAAAACUUCUUCGAGAGAUAUUGAUGAAAAAAAGAGAAAUGAUGAUUUCGAAGUAUUUAAGAAACCUGCAGUAAGAGCUCCAGGUAUUUUUUCUUUAAAGAGAACAAUUGCUAAUGUACAAUCAACAUUUCAUGGCAAAUUAAAUGGGCAAUCGAUUUAUUUUAAUCAAGAGAGGGCUUCGAGUUCGGGAAUAAGAAGUAAAAUGGAGGAGGAGAGAAAAGACACCAGUUUUAAUUUAAGUUUGGAGCAAAGUCCAGAGAUUAAGAGGAAAAGAAGAAAGGUGAUCAAGCGUAAGUGUGAGUUCAUAGACAACGAAGCGGACGUUUCUAGUGAUGGAGGAAAUACUUCUGAAGGCACUUCCGGUGAAGAUGAGGACCUCGACGGCUUCGUGAGCUACACACAAGAUGUUUCCGACCAUGUAGAUAUGCAAGCGCAUUACUUAAAAUCUGUUAAAAGUCCAUCCAGAAAAGCGGGGGCUUUCCUAAUUAAGGAAGGUUCACGGAUUCCUGAAAAUGUUUAUUCACAGCCAAUGUCGCAGUUAAAUGAUACUUAUUUACACGAUUCAUUUUGUGUCAGAGAAGAUGAAAUCGAAUAUGACGAGGAGACUGAUGACGAUUUGGAGAUUACUUGUUUGCAAGAAUUCGACUUACUGGAAAGAGAAAGAAAAAGAAAGCGGGGCGUUUCUCCGUCUUUUCAUAUUAAAAGAAAAAAACGGAAGAAAGGUCGAAUCCUUACCGUGAGAGAUGAUAGUAGCAGCGAAGAUGAGACGGAACAAAUUCGAAGGCAAAUUCAGGAGGAAUCCUUUUUGUUAAAAAAUAAUCAAAGUUGAUUUUUGUUUGUUACAUUUUUUUUAUCUAUUAUGAGUAUAAUCAAAGGUAUCUGUAGUUUAGAAGAAGCAUCUGGUAGUCUUCGCCGUAAUCGAGGGAUAAAUUUUACGAGAUACAUAUACAUAUAUACUAUAAUCUGUGAUUGUAGACUUGGAAUCACUUUGUCAAUAUUUUUCUAUUAAGGAAGCCUAACGGAAAUGAAAAUGUCUGUGAUAUACAUGUAUUAUUUUAAUUUAGAAGUAUGAAUUUCAUGUUGGUGCUCUAGUUUCUUAUGUCCUACUUGUACAUUUGAGCAAUAAAUAUAGUCUCUUAU